AUGGCCUGGGAACACCUUUCCAUCACCAAGCCGCACUUGGUGUACAUCAUCCUGGGCGGCUUCACCUCGCUGUUCAUGCUCUGUUCCUCCGUCAUCAAGGAGCGCUUGUACAUAGGUGAAGCCACCGUCGCCACCAUUUGUGGUAUUAUAUUCGGCCCACAUGCCGCCAACCUCAUCAAUCCGCUGGAAUGGGGCAACACCGAUCUGAUCACCCUGGAAUUUUCCCGCAUUGUCCUGGUCGUCCAGUGCUUUGCCGUCGGCGUCGAAUUGCCCAAGGCCUACAUGGAGCGCCACUGGAGAUCCGUUACCGCCCUGCUGAUCCCCGUCAUGACCUUCGGCUGGCUGAUAACGAGCUUGUUCAUCUGGGCCUUCAUGCACCACAGGCUCGACUGGCUGGACAGUCUCUGCGUUGCUGCCUGCGUCACCGCCACCGAUCCUGUCCUGGCCUCUUCGGUCGUUGGUAAGGGCAAGUUCGCGAAGCGUGUGCCCAAGCAUUUGCGUGAUCUUCUGUCCGCCGAGUCCGGCUGCAACGAUGGCAUGGCCUUCCCUUUCAUCUACCUGGCUGUUUACAUCAUUCGUUACAGGCAUCAUCCCAAUGAGGUCGCUCUUCACUGGUUCUGCUUUACCGUCCUGUACGAGUGCAUUUUCGGUGCCGUGUUUGGCGUGACCAUCGGGUACAUUGCCAGGCGCCUCAUCAGAUACUCGCACGAGAAGGAUCUCAUUGAUCGUGAGAGUUUCUUGGUCUUCUACUUUGUUCUUGCGCUGUUUUGCGCUGGAUCCGGAAGUUUGCUUGGCAUGGAUGACUUGCUGAUAGGCUUCGCAUGCGGCGUUGGCUUCAGUAAUGAUGGCUGGUUUUUGGAGAAGACAGAGGAGUCCCACGUAUCCAACGUCAUUGAUUUGCUCAUCAACUUGACUUUCUUCGUCUAUUUUGGGACCAUCAUACCCUGGGAGCAGUUCAACUCGGACAUCAUUGGACUCAGCGCCUGGAGACUCGUCGUUAUCGCAAUCCUGGUCCUUCUAUUCCGCCGGAUCCCCAUCAUGAUGCUCAUGAAGCCCCUAAUUCCAGAUAUCAAAACGUACCGCGAAGCGCUUUUUGCUGGUCACUUUGGGCCUAUCGGAGUCGGCGCGCUCUUCGUCGCCAUUCUCGCACGUGCCGAGCUGGAGACUGAAGAGACGACACCUCUGGCUGAGUUACCGUCUUCACCAGAUUUUCCACAUCUAGAUAUCAUCGAGUUGAUCUGGCCCAUCACGUGUUUCCUGGUCAUUUGCUCCAUUGUCGUCCACGGCUCCUCUAUUGCUGUCUUCACGUUGGGCAAGCACAUCAAUACGUUGACGCUAACCUUGUCCUACACUCAAGCAAACGAGGAUGGACCCAGCUGGAUGGACCGACUGCCACGCAUUCAGUCUCGUUCAAAGAGCUCCAUGUCCCUACGCCGACCUGGCGAGCCUGAGACCGACUCUUCAUGGGAUGAGAAGGGCGACUAUAACUCCGAAGGCUUCCUCAGCGUACCGCGCAAUUUCCUUGGAAGGAAGAAGGACGACGACGCUCAGAGUGGACCUAUCAGCCAGUCUGCAAUUACUCCUGCACGCCGCGAGCAUGACCCCGCCGAUUCGCCCCCCAACGCACGUGACGAUUCGGAUACGACCGCUCUGAACAGCGAUGACUCUCCUGACAUCGACAAGAUCAGGUCUCCCGAGCAGGAAGUCUACCAGGAAGGUGACAAGAUGAUCUUUGAGGAUGAAGAGGGCAACGUACUGGACGUUCGAGACAUCAAAGACAAGUCUGAGGACGAGAUCAAGCGAGAGGCCAAGAAGGAUGGUCGCAAGCUCAUGAAGGAGAAAGACGUAGAGGGUGGCGUCGCACAGACUGAACACAACCAGCGCGCUGGCGAGGGCCAAAAAGCCGCCCAUGAAAUCAAGGACGCCGCCGAGCAUCCGAAGAAGCACUGGCGUGACAUGCUUCACCGCCGCCACACUGGCGCCGAGGGUGAACAGGGACAGAAGAAGAAGCGCGGACCCGCCCUGGCCUACCAGUUCGGCAACACGAUCAUCGUGGAGGACGAAGACGGUGAAGUCAUCAAGAAGUACGACAUUCCGGCAGAGGGGGCGAAACAAAGCGAGAAGGCCGCAGUCAGUGACAAGACCCGCCAACGUUUGGCGCGCAUGGGUACCUACCUUGGCAUGUCCCACGGCGAGGCCGAGGCCGCAGCAAGCCAAGGGGAGGUUACCGGUGACAGCACCAACCCCCGCGAUGAGAAGAAGAAGAAGAGGAUGCAAGAGGAGGAAAGCGACGACGAGCGCAUCCGCUUUACUGUCAACGCGGGCGGUCGCCGCAUGAGCAAGGCCGAGUUCAUCCAGCAGAUCCAGCAGAUGGACCCGAAGGCGCGCACCAAGUUCGUCGAGAACAGCGAUGUCCCUGAGCCUGUCAAGGAAGAGGCCCGCAACGACGCGAGGGACCACAUGCGUCUGCAGCAGCAACAGAACGAAGCUGCCGAACACAUCCGCAAGGCCUCGCCUGCCGCCGCAGCAUCCGACCGUGCGAGCGACUCAGGCGAGGAAGAUGACAUCCCAUUCCACAACGUCCGCGACGCCCUCGGUGGCCGUGAAACGGCAGCAGAAGCCCGCCGCCGUCAGGCUGCCACCGCAUCUUCGUCUCGCUCACCGGGCAUAUCGCCGGGUGCCCCAGCUCGCCCGCUCAGCCGCAACAGCACCGAAGGCUCGUCAUCCACCCGUCGGGGAGGCGUGGCCAAGGCCUUGGGCCGCACGGAGACUGGCGAGAAAUCGCGCGCGCAGCCUACGCACCUUGACGAGGGCGAGACCGCGGCGGAACGCAGGAGACGUGAGGGCGCGCUGGGUCUCGGUGGAGGCGACGAGUCGACGGACAGCGAGAGCGAGGAAGAGGACGGCAAGGGCAUCAGGAGACAGAUGCCAGCGGAGAAGAAGGCGGAGCGGGAGAAGGCGAAGGCCGCUGCUGCUGCUGCCGCCGCCGCUGUUGCCGAGCAAGAUGAAGAAGAAGCAAAGGCGGAGGCUGAGGCUGAGGCAGAAGCAAAGGCCAAGGCAGAGGCAGAGGCAGAGGCGGCCAAGGCGCAAGAGCAGGAACAAGAAUCCGAGCCGGAACAGCAGCAGCAGAAGACUCCCGGUAUCAGAUUCGCCGAACCGACCCGUCCGACGAUGCAGCAGGAGGGCGGUGAAGACGGCGCAGAGAACGGUGAGGGAGAAGCAUCGGAAGGCGGAAAUGGUGGGAAGGGACAUCACAAGAGGACUUCGAGCGGUCUGAGGUGGUUCAAGAAGUAG